AUGGACUUGACACGAAAUGAAGACACUGAUAUCUUCGACGCAAUGUUCCCCGUUCAUCGCAACCCAGGUGAUGUCAUUAUUCAACAAGGCGAUGAAGGUGAUAAUUUCUACAUCGUUGAUCAAGGCGAAGUAGACAUAUUUGUCAAUAACGAAUACAGCAGCACGGUGGGUGAGGGCGGCAGCUUUGGGGAAUUGGCACUGAUCUACGGAACCCCACGAGCGGCAACCGUCAAAGCGAAAACCGAAGUCAAGCUUUGGGGUAUCGACCGGGAUUCUUACAGGCGAAUUCUCAUGGGUAGUACGAUUCGUCGUCGAAAGAUGUACCAGGAAUUUCUAUGUCGAGUUCCCAUCUUGGCUCCUCGACGGGAACGUCUCCGAGUCACCUCAGAACUUCCAGACGGAGAAAAGGUGGUAAAACUUUCAUUACCACCGCUACUGCCAGCUUCCCCGACACCGGAUUCACUAGCACCUCCAUUUGGAUCCACAUUAUACGGGAUCUGGGGAACAGUUUCGUUCAAAAACGUCCCGGAAAGAAAGUUGUUGGCACCAACAAAAUCUGCGUCGUGUGACCUAGGUUCCUCCUUGUGA